GGCAAGGCUGGCAGAGAGAAGCCGAGGUGUUUCCGGAGCCAAGAUGUCAGUGACUGUCAGCGAAGUCUGCUAAGGGAGAGCCCUGUGCAUGCCUGCGUUUCCACAUCCAGCCGGGGAGGUGUUUUAGCCACGACUGAAAUCGGCAGCAGCGGCGGCAGCAACAACAACAGAUUGCUCCCCGCUCUUGCUCCCUCCCCUUCGACCCCGCUUUAAACCCAAGUCCAGACGAUGAUGCUCAUGCUGAGCCACUGACAAAGAAAAGGCAAGUCACCCCUUCCUGAAACCGGGAUAACCGGCUGCGUGCAAGCAGGAGGGCUCUGGGUGUUGAACUUUUCUGUCCUGUGAUGAUGCUGUGGUGAGACUGCUGAUUUGAAAGCCAUCUCUUCUGGAUUUCCGAGCCGGCCAGAUUGAAAGAGAUUAACGGACUGAUGAAACAGCCAUAGCUUUCAGGUCUCUUCAGGAGGGGAUAUACCCCUUCAGCCACUGUUGCUUGGGUGCUCGUGGUGAGGGGAACAGGACGUCUUCGUGUAGGUUGGUUGCUGGCUCACUCCUGUUGGAGGUGGAAGGCUGUGUUUCUCCUCUCUAGGUCUCCUCCACAGAGGAAAAGAGACAGAUGAUUCUCCAGGACUGUCUCCAGGGCAGAACUUUGUAGUGCUCUCAGCAUCCCUCCGCAGCGUGGAUGUGAGCCACGGGAGUUGGGGAUGUUUGAGGCAGACUCUGCCAAGUGACACCUUGCAGUGGCUCCGGAGGUUUUGUGUGGUCUCACGCUCAAGGGCUUUGCCUGUUGUGAAGAUGUCCAUGGUGUUUCUGUGAAGCUGAGGUAUGGCUGCUGGAAGGUUACUGCUGUAUGCUGGCCUCUCUUUAGCUCUGUGUGCCCUCGGCAUGCUGGCUGUGGCAAUCUGCUCUGACCAUUGGUAUGAAACUGAUGCCAGGAAGCACAGAGAGAGGUGCAAGAGCAUCACCACUAAGAGAAAUGAUCCUGGCUUCAUUUAUAACUCCAACAACAACCUGCCUCUCAGGGCCAGCAGGUCUAGGUUGGACCGCUGGGAAGGGAAACUCCUCUUGGCAAGAAACAGGAGGCAGAUCUUUGCUAUGAGUGCAGUCGACGAGUGCAACAGACAGUACAACUCGACCAACAUGGGGCUCUGGAGGAAAUGCCACCGACAAGGAUUUGACCAAGAGCUGGAGGAGCUGAUUGCCAAAGGAGCAAUUGAGCGGUGCACGUACAUCAAGUACCACUACUCCUCAGCGACCAUUCCCAAGAACCUCACCUACAACAUCACCAAGACAAUCCGCCAGGAUGAGUGGCACGCCUUGCAUCUGCGCAGGAUGACAGCUGGCUUCAUGGGCAUGGCUGUGGCCAUCAUCCUCUUUGGAUGGAUUAUCGGGGUGCUGGGGUGCUGUUGGGAUCGAGGCCUUAUGCAGUAUGUGGCAGGGCUUCUCUUCCUCAUGGGAGGAACCUUCUGCAUCAUUUCACUGUGCACGUGCGUGGCUGGAAUCAACUUUGAGCUCUCCCGCUACCCCCGCUACCUGUACGGACUUCCUGACGACAUCAGCCACGGCUAUGGCUGGUCCAUGUUCUGUGCGUGGGGGGGCCUGGGCCUCACUCUUAUCUCUGGCUUCUUCUGCACUCUGGCCCCUUCUGUCCAACCUGUCCCCAGGACCAACUGCCCCAAAUCUAGACCUGAGAACGGGACAGUGUGCUAAAACAAAUAGCAAACAAAUAUACACACACACAAAUAUAUAUAUAUAUAUAUGUCUAUGUAUACCUACACAUGCAUAUAUAUGUAUAUAUAAUUAUAUAUAUAUAUAAUCUCCAAUUAAUGCCAGUGCCAAGGUAGAGCUGAGUCCAACACGGCACUCACAUCUUCACCGGACUCCGUGUUGCUUCGUUCUUUCUCACAGCGAUGGGAAAGCUUUUCUCUCACAUGGCUCUUCCAUCCAACUCUUACCUUCAGCAUCAUACCUUAGAGGCUGGAUGAACAUACAGUUGCACCUACCUACUGCCAUUUUUGGGAAGGGGAACAGGGGGUCUAUGUGGGGCAUCUGGAAUCAGAAUCUGUACAGGACAUGGAGGGAGGGGUGGGAGGGAGGGACAAAAAGCCUGCCCAUUGCAGUCGGAAGGGAAAAUGCAAGCAGCAAGCAAAGAAACAAAUCAAGCAUUUGAGCCACCUCUACAAUGUACCUCCUCAAGGCCAUUCUCAGAAAACCACCCACUUUUGUUUUAUUUCUUAAAACAAAAUGACAGAAGCCUUCCCUGUCAUUGGUUUGGGGUUGGUCUGGUUUUAUUUGUUUUUUGCUUAAAAGAGAAAACAAAAUGGACAGAACGUGUGGGGAAAAGCAGAAAAGCAUUUUCUCUUUGCCUGCCAAACUUUAGAAAGAAGCAAACAAGUUAAAAUAAUAAUAAUAAACAAAUCUAACAAAAUAAAAACAGAAAACAACAAAAAAACCUCCAUGAGGAGAUCUCAGCGGACUUUCCAACAAUGAGGUUUUAAUCUUCCAGCUGCCUUACAUCCAGGCUUACAACUGAGGCUGAACUGCUAACAUAAAUGCAGCAGAAGGCCUUUUGAAAAUGCUGUGAUACAUGUGUGUAUAAUUUUUUCUUCCUUCUUCUUUUAUUUAUUUUUUUUAACAAAAAGAAAAAAUUUAAAACAUCGCAAUGUGAUUGUCCACUAAACCAUCCAUGCUGUGUUUGUGGCCCAAAACUGAGGCACUGCAACUGCAGAAGCGUGAGGAAAGCUGUCAAGUCCGAGUGUCUCCUCAGGUGGAUUUCAGAAUAUUGGGGUUUUUUUGUGGAGCAUCUGAGCAUUCAGGAUGGUGGAUCCAAGGGAAGACCAACCAGGGAGAAGGGAGGUGGGGGGAGCCCUGGCAGUUGUUCUUCCCAGCUACUUACUGGCAUGGGAUUUCAUCGAGUUUCUGUUUUGGAUGUUUAAGACAACUGGGCAAAAGCCAUCGCCAAGGAGAAAAGGGGAGCUAUUUUUUGUAAGGGAGAAGUAAAAGACGCCUCUUGUUGUGUUCAUGUAUGCCAAAUGAGACCUUCUCACAUCUUGUCUUUGGAAACUGUCCGUGUUCACUGGACAUCUCCACUCUCCAUCUGGGAGAACUGUGUACAGAUGGAAGCGAAAGGGUCAGAUGCAGAAAAUGGAGAUCCAUUUCCCAUGAGCUCAAGUGUUGUAUGAUAUAAUUGUGAAUCUGCAAAUGGGACUCUCUCUUUUUUGGUCUUUCUCUUUUUCCUGGUACUCCUCUUCCCAUAUUCUCCUUUUUCCUUCACUCUGCUCUUCCCAUCAUUAAAGUCAUAAAUCCCAGAAGAGCUAAUUGAACAGCCAAGUCUGGAGGGGCAGGUGAAUGCCAUUAGGGGACACAAAGCAUUUUGGUUGUGAGGACAGAGAGUCCUUGUAGGACACCAGUGGCUGAGAGGAGGAGGGGGAGGAAGGGCUAAGGGUGUAACCAAAGGGAGUCUGCAGAGAUGAUGACUGAGUGGCCAUAUGCAGUAGUGAAGAUACCACUGACAAAUGUACAAGCAAAGGGAAACAGGACAAAGAAAAAAGGCUUCCCCAAAACCAACCCAACCCAACAUGCUCUUAAUUCAGGGAUAGUACCAGCAAUUGUAGAAUCAUAGAAUUCUUUCUUACAUGAUAGCUGCAUGCCAUAAGUCAUUAGUCAGUAAAAACCAUUAGUCAAUAAAAAUCAUCCUCCACAUCUACAAAAACCCACAGGAGAAGGAAGUAACCUGUUGAGACUGUGCAUGCUGCACAGAAAUGAAGGCAUUAAUUUCCAGGUCAUGCCAUUUAAACCACUGGCAAGGAACAGUAUUUUGCUCAGUUAAAAAAAUCCAACCAACAAGUAAUUAUUAUACAAUACAGUUGCAUAGCCAGCCAUUGCCCUUCCAGCUCUGCUUGCCCUCCUCCUUACACCUUGUGUGAUGAUGUUGCUUUAUUAACAUUGCCCAAAGAAAUGAAGUUUCUGGAGUGCAUUUUGGAGUAGGGUAGAUUUGGGUUUCUUACUUUCUUGCUCAGCUACCUAGCUUUUACUUUCUCUGGUCUACAAAUUCCCCAAACAUGCCAAUGCCAGCUGCCAAGCCAGUGUGUUGCUACUGAAGUGUCAUCCCUGGCAGGUGAAGUUUUGUCAUUUCAUUCUCUAUUAAAUGUGACCAGAGAAAGCAUUUAUUUAUUCAUGUUGAAAAUGCAAACCUUUUGAAGAAACUUUCUUUUUAAGUAGAUUAGUUUCUUUUUUUUUUUCUGGUAAGGUUUUUAUAUGGAGUGGUUUUGAAAAGCUUUGAAACUGUUUGACUGUGCAAGUGCCUACUAGCUAAGGAGGCUGAUGAAUUGCCAUUGGACAGAAGAGGGAAAUUAAAAAUCAAAACAGCUCAUGAAAAGCUAAAUGAAAACUGAAAACAGAAAAGCUACAACUGGAAACCAAAAGAGAUCUUUAAGGAAUUUUGUGACAUUUUUCAAAAUAGGAGAAAUUCUGAGGAAAAAACCAACUUCUCAUUAAGAUAGUCAUGCUUUAGAAAAAUUGUACGUUUCAUUAAAACAGCUUUGAAGGCAAACUUGCUUCCUCCUCUGCAUUGCUGAGUGCGACAGAGAAGGUGUUUUGCGUGAAUACAGAUACCUGCAGUGACCAGGUAAACUAAAAGGCACAGAGGUAUCUCCCUGGAGUCCACCAUUAGGCCCUGUGGCAUGGAAAGCAGUGCGACAGCCCCGGUGAUGAUGUACAGUCUUGUGUGGUCUGUGACUGCUCAUGGUGUGCAUUCCUUUACAGAGAGGGUUUUGAAAGAGGUCUAGCAGUAAGAUUUAAAGAAAUGGAAACAUUUUUGCUGUUUCAUGGAAUCUCAAAGCUUUCUCUUCUUUCUGCUGAUGGCAUGAAAAUACCUUUGCCUUGAAGUUAGUUUACAAGUUGUAUAUGAGCCUGUAUCUCUGUUUGUGGUAAUGGUGGAAGAGGGUUACGACUCUUUUUAUUUACAACAGAGAAGUGUUAACCCUGGAUCUUGAGUCUAGUUUUGUGAUUCUCCACUUACUAUAGCACAGGGUUUCUAAAGCCUGCGUGGCUAUGAAGCAUCUUGAAAACUAUGAGAGUAUGUGUCUGAAGCAGCAGAUGUUCUUAUAACCUUCUCUCAAACUAGAUCCCCAAAGGGACUGUUUGUCCAAACACCAGUCUUCUUGGUUUUGCCUCAAAUAAGGACAAAACUCCCUUGGGUAUUGUGAAUUUCCCUCAGUGCUACUUGCAAAACAGGGAGGAGCCCCACAUGCUGUGAUAACAUUGAAAGGGUCUAACAGCCCCACCAUGAUUUCUGUAAGCUCAGACUUGUAUUUCGAUUAGAGUUGGCUUGAAAUACAGCCAGCAAUGGUUAGUAACUCCCAUCUAGCUUUAGCCAAAGCACUCUCCCAUCUAGCCUGAGUUUCUUCAUUUUGUAGAGGCUUUGAAAUCUCUUUCUGAACAGAGAUUCAAGCCUCUUGACUAGUGUCUAGUUUUCUAGUUUCAAGAGCAGUUAAUUAAAAAUCUGUUAUCUGUGAUCCCAGCAUUAUGGGGCUUGACCCUGUCCCUCAGAUCUGCUCUGGCAAGGGGUUGAAACAUGAGCUUUACUUCAAGCAUGUGACUAAUGCCCUUAACUUUAGUAGACUAUUCAUAUGCUCAAAGUUAAGAAUAUGCUUUCCUGGAUGAUGUUCAGCUUCCUGCAGAGACCAGCCCCCACUCUUCUUUUCCUAUUCCACUCUUGCAAUUAAUGUGACACAUGCUCUUACCCUACUCUGAUGUACCACCAGGUGUUUGGUCCCCCUUUCCAUCAGGAAGUAAUUCAGGGUCUGUAGCUGGCAGACCCUCUUCUGCACAUGUCCUUUCAUGUUGCUCCACAGAGACAAUAUGUCUCUGUGCUCCAGAGACCACAGAGGAACUUGAAUGCAGUGAAGGCAGACAUCAUGAAAUGCCAGCCUUAGGGAUGUGGGAUGAAUUGGCUCAGCCCACUGUGACCUGCAAGCUGAGCUUUUGUGGAUAGUGACUCUCAGUUAUUGUACAGUGUAGUUGUCCUGUGACCACAGCAAGUUAGCUACAGGGGAUUCUGCUGUCCAUCCCGGCUUGGGACACUGUAUCCAUGAGGGGGCUACUACAUGGCUGGAGUCCAUGUGCUCUGUACCUUAUGUACUUCAUAGGACACCUUCUUCAAGCUAAAGCUGUUUGUGUGCUAAAUCCCUGACUUUAUCGACCACCUGUAUAUAUCAUCUCUCCCUUCUCUCCCUCUGCAAACACAUGACUGAUCUUCCCUGAACUAAAUAGUACAGUCUCUCUGGUUAUGUUUCUAGUUGGGCUUAUUUUUUC